GUUAAAUGAAGGCAGAGAAAUGGAUGUGGUGACGUCACUGUGCACUCACCUGAUCCACAAACCACAAAGACGAAGAGCGCCAGCAGCCACGGACCCACCGGAGACUUCUCCUCGUUGACGGGCCGCUGGAAGACAAACGUCCAGCGGGCGCAAAGUCAUUUGGAGUGCGAAGGUCUGGACUCGGCUGUGACGACGAGGAUUAAGAUGAGGACGAGAAAGUUGAGGAAGGAGGAAGCUGAGGCGUCCAUUUUGCAAGAAGAUGAUUGGCCCACGCGGAGUAACGAUGACAGUCCAUAAUUUAUACAUAUUUGACCGGAAUGGAAAGUGUUUGUUUUACAACGAGUGGAACCGUAGAAAGCAAGCUGGCAUCUCCAAGGAAGAGGAGUUUAAGCUGAUGUAUGGCAUGCUGUUCUCUAUUCGCUCCUUCGUCACAAAGAUGUCUCCAAUGGACUCGAAGGAGGGAUUCCUGUCUUUUCAGACAAGCAGGUAUCGUCUUCACUACUUUGAGACUCCCAGUGGGCUCAAGUUCGUCAUGAACACAGACCUGGCAGUGAAUAACGCCAGAGAUGCGCUGCAACACAUCUACAGUAACUUGUAUGUGGAGAACAUCGUCAAGAACCCGACAUGCGUGUUGGGUGACUCUUUGGACAGUGAUCUCUUCAGCACACGACUGGAUGCUUUUAUCAGGGCUCUACCAUAUUACAGUCCCCGCGCCAUUUAACACAAUUCUUAUAUUUGUUACAUGAAGCAUAGAGUUAACAUAAGGUUGGAUGUUUGUCUCAUUAAACUGGUUCCGCAGUCA